CGCGUCUAUUUCUGCAUAAAUAUGGGCGUCACUGGCUGCAUAGCUGAAGCACCGCUACGAAAGAGACUGGCUUCGCACCUCAUCUUAUUUUACUCGUCCAACACAACUCUGAGAUAUCGAUGGCUGAAGACGCGAACACCUCUGCGCAAACGGUGCUUCAUCGGCGCACAAGGGAUGGAUGCUUGACGUGCCGCCUUCGACGAAAGGUUCGUAGAACCCCGCGUGAAGGCACUUGGAUUAACUUUUCCCUUAAACAGAGAUGUACAUCUCCAGGGGCCACCCCUAGCGAUGCAUGCGCGGAUUGCAAAGAAAGGAGGCUGGAGUGUUUGGGUUACUCCGAAAGGCGCCCCGAGUGGAUGAAAGACGAGGACACUGUCGAGGCGUGCAAGAAAGCCAUGACAGACCAUAUCAACGAUCUAAGGCAAGGCCUAACGGAUGGAAGUUUGUCGCUAGAGGAGUUCUACGGCGACGAAUUGCCUCCUUUGAAACUGGCCCGAACCAUGGUGCCGUCGAAUGCGCCACCCACCAACGCAGCGGAAGGAUCCUGAGGCUGACUGCCUCCGGAGCAGUUGAUGGUGUUUCGGAGCUGGUAGAUUCACAUGUUCACAUGAUGAGUGGAACGAAACAUUUAGCCAUCAUCUUAACAACAAU